CUGCAAUAUGUGGACGAUCUGCUCCUGGCCUCUGAGAGUAAGGAUGAUUGCUGGGAAGGAACCAAGGCCUUGCUGGGAUUGCUGAUGGAGGCUGGUUACCGGGUUUCGAAAAAAAAGGCUCAGAUCUGCAAGGAGGAGGUUGGCCAAUCGCAAGCCAGAAGAUGAAGGUUCUGUGGGUUGCCGUGGUGGUCGCGCUCCUGGCAGGAUGCCAGGCGGAUAUGGAGGGAGAGCUGGGGCCCGAGGAGCCCCUGACUCCGGAGCAGCCCCGGGGGCAGGACAGCCAGCCUUGGGAGCAGGCGCUGGGCCGCUUCUGGGAUUACCUGCGCUGGGUGCAGACCCUGUCUGACCAGGUGCAGGAGGAACUGCUCAACACCCAGGUCAUUCAGGAACUGACAGCGCUGAUGGAGGAGACCAUGAAGGAGGUGAAGGCCUACAGGGAGGAGCUGGAGGGACAACUGGGCCCCAUGGCCCAGGAGACACAGGCCCGCGUGUCCAAGGAGCUGCAGGCAGCCCAGGCCCGGCUGGGCUCCGACAUGGAGGACUUGCGGAACCGCCUGGCACAGUACCGAAGCGAGGUGCAGGCCAUGCUGGGCCAGACCACCGAGGAGCUGCGGGCCCGCAUGGCCUCCCACCUGCGCAAGCUGCGCAAGCGGCUGCUCCGCGACGCCGACGACCUGAAGAAGCGCCUGGCCGUCUACCAAGCGGGGGCCAGCGAAGGCGCCGAGCGCAGCGUGAGCGCCAUCCGCGAGCGCCUCGGGCCCCUGGUGGAGCAGGGCCAAUCGCGGGCCGCCACCCUGAGCACCGUGGCCGGCCAGCCGCUGCUGGAGCGCGCCGAGGCCUGGCGCCAGAAGCUGCACGGGCGCCUGGAGGAGGUGGGCGUCCGGGCCCAGGACCGCCUGGACAAGAUGCGCCAGCAGCUAGAGGAGGUGCGCGCCAAGGUCGAGGAGCAGGGCAACCAGAUGCGCCUGCAGGCCGAGGCCUUCCAGGCCCGCCUCAGGAGCUGGUUCGAGCCCCUGGUGGAAGACAUGCAGCGCCAGUGGGCCGGGCUGGUGGAGAAGGUGCAGUUGGCUCUGCGCCCCAGCCCCACCUCUCCGCCCAGCGAGAAUCAUUGAGCGCCCGGGCAUCGCCCUGGGGGGCCCCCCCAGCUCCCACCCCGAGCCUCCCGUGCCCCCAGCCUGCAGGGGGCCCUGCUCCUGCCCCAGCUGUCCUCUUGGUGGGCCCUAGAUUAAUAAAGAUUCAUCAAGCUUCAUGGCA